GAGGCAGCUGAAGUUAUUCCAAGAAAUCGCUCGAAGUUUGCUAAUAAAAGGAAGUGGCAUUUCUCUGCUGCCUCUAGGCUGGGUUUCUGGGAGUGCACACGGCCAAAAGGAAAUUGUGUACUCAGAUUUGGGAGAUGAUUAUGUGCCGGGCUCCCGUGCAGGCUGGCUGGGUGUCCUGGCAGUGUUGGACAAGGGCGUGCACGGGCCGUGUGCAAAGAUUCCCAGUGCCGAAUGCAGUGUGAUGAGUAAGAGGGUGCCAAUUGGUUGGAAGGGUGUAGAUAAACAAGAGCAAAUAUAUAUACAGUGGUGUGCAGCCUGCCCAAGUUCCUGAAGCUUGCUGCCAGGCUGAAGACCUGACUGGCAGUCUCACUAGGGCUGGCUUAGGAGCAGAGGGAAAUCUACAGGACUGAACACAGAUGGAGACUUCCCUCCUGCCGAUUGGGAGGACACUUUUUAAAGCAUUUCCUUCUGACAUGACCCAAUAGUCUGGUGAAGGGGGACCACUCUCGUGGGGGGUGAAGGUGUGACUGUGGACAUGGCGAUGGAGAAAACUGGGAAUGAGAUGCAGAUGCCGGGAAGCCUGGCCACUCUGAGUGACCCACAGGUGACCCUGCUGGCUGUGCACAAGCGGUGGUCCUUCAGGAAGAGCCUUGGGGCCAAGGGCUCCACCAGGCCAGUAACUUCAGAGGAAGAAGGCUCUCCCCCAUCAGAGGAGGGAGACUUUUCACUGGAGGUUAUGAAUGGAAAACGGGGAAUCAGUUCCAAUCAGAUCCUCUCUAAACUAUCUUUAUCUGCUCAUGCCCGGGAUCCAGCCAUGAAGCAGACGUUCGCCUUCGACAAUGUUGGCUACGAGGAUGGUCUUGAUGGCGUGUGCGCUUCCCCGAAGGCCACCAGCACCGUCAGCAUUUUGGGCAUGACUUGUCAGUCCUGUGUGAAGGCGAUCGAGGACAGGAUUUCCAGUUUGAAAGGCAUUGUGAGCAUUAAGGUUUCUUUAGAACAAAGUAGCGCUAUAGUGAAAUACGUGCCUUCGCUCAUGAGCCUGCAACAGGUUUGCCAUCAAAUUGAGGACAUGGGCUUCGAGGCCAGCAUUGCAGAAGGAAAGGCUGCCUCCUGGCCCGCAAGGUCCUCACAUGCCCUGGAGGCUGUGGUCAAGCUGCGGGUGGAGGGCAUGACUUGCCAGUCCUGUGUCACCUCUAUAGAAGGCAAGAUUGGGAAACUGCAAGGAGUAGUGAGGGUCAAGGUCUCACUCAGCAACCAAGAGGCAGUCAUCACUUACCAGCCUUAUCUUAUUCAACCUCAAGACCUCAGGGAUCACGUCCGCAACAUGGGGUUUGAAGCUGUCAUCAAGAACAAAGGCGCGCCCGUGAACCUGGGGCCAAUCGACAUUGAGCUCUUACAGGGCACAAACCCAAAGACAUCUCUAGCUUUUGUGAACCAGAAUGCCAGUAACUCUAAGACCUCAGGGCACCAAGCCAGCCAUGCGGUCACCCUGAGAGUAGAGGGAAUGCACUGUAGGUCUUGUGUCGUGAAUAUUGAAGAAAAUAUAGGCCAACUCCCAGGAGUUCAAAAUAUUCAAGUGUCCCUGGAGAACAGCACUGCCCAAGUACAGUACGACCCUUCUCGUGUCUCACCAGGGGCCCUGCAGAGGGCCAUCGAGGCUCUUCCACCUGGCAACUUUAAAGUUUCUCUUCCUGGUGGAGCAGAAGGAAGUGGGACAGAGAGCAGGUCUUCACGGCACUCCCCCGGCCCCUCCCAUGGGACACAGAUGCCAGACAUGUACUGUACGGCGAUGCUUGCCAUUGCUGGCAUGACCUGUGCGUCCUGCGUGCACUCCAUCGAAGGUGCCAUCUCCCAGAAGAAAGGUGUGCAGCACAUAUCAGUCUCCUUGGCCCAAGGGACUGGAACUGUUCUCUAUGACCCCUGUAUAAUUAACCCAGAAGAGCUCCGAGCUGCUGUGGAAGACAUGGGAUUUGAGGCUUCAGUCAUUUCUGAAAACCGCCCUGGCAGCCAUGUUGGAAACCCCUGUGUGGAGAGUGCCAGGGUGCCAACUGCAGCUGAUGCCCUUGGAUCUGUGCAGGAAAUGCCUCUCCAGGCUGGGGGACUCCCUGAAAAUUUCGGCUCUUCCAGAUCCCCACAAGUCUCCAAAACGGUGGUACCACAGAAGUGCUUUUUACAGAUCACGGGCAUGACCUGUGCAUCCUGUGUGUCUAACAUAGAGAGAAGCCUGCAGAAAGAAGCUGGUAUUCUCUCCGUGCUGGUUGCCUUAAUGGCUGGAAAGGCAGAGGUUAAGUAUAAUCCAGAAGUCAUCCAGCCACUCGAGAUAGCUCAGCUCAUCCAGGACUUGGGCUUUGAUGCAUCAGUAAUGGAAGACUACGCAGGCUCCGAUGGCGACCUCGAGCUGAUUAUCACCGGGAUGACCUGUGCUUCCUGUGUUCACAACAUAGAGUCCAAGCUCACAAGGACUGAUGGAAUCACCUACGCCUCCGUGGCCCUUGCCACCAGCAAAGCCCAUGUGAAGUUUGAUCCUGAAAUUAUUGGUCCACGGGAUAUUGUAAAAAUUAUUGAGGAAAUCGGCUUUCAUGCUUCCCCGGCCCAGAGAAACCCCAACGCUCAUCAUUUGGACCACAAGGUGGAAAUAAAGCAGUGGAAGAAGUCUUUCCUGUGCAGCCUGGUGUUUGGCAUCCCUGUUAUGGGUUUAAUGAUCUAUAUGUUGAUACCCAACAGCCAGCCCCAUGAAUCUAUGAUCCUGGACCACAACAUCAUUCCAGGACUCUCCAUUCUAAAUCUUAUCUUCUUUAUUUUGUGUACCUUUGUCCAGUUCCUCGGUGGGUGGUACUUCUACGUCCAGGCCUACAAAUCUCUGAAACAUAGGACAGCCAACAUGGAUGUGCUGAUUGUGCUGGCCACAAGCAUCGCCUAUGUAUAUUCCCUCAUCAUCCUGGUGGUGGCCAUAGCUGAGAAGGCUGAGAGGAGCCCCGUGACCUUCUUUGACACGCCUCCCAUGCUCUUCGUGUUCAUUGCCCUGGGGCGUUGGCUGGAACACGUGGCAAAGAGCAAAACCUCAGAAGCACUUGCCAAACUCAUGUCUCUCCAAGCCACAGAAGCCACGGUUGUGACCCUUGGUGAGGACAACUUAAUCAUCAGAGAGGAGCAAGUGCCCAUGGAACUGGUGCAGCGGGGUGAUAUCAUCAAAGUUGUCCCUGGGGGAAAGUUUCCAGUGGAUGGGAAAGUGCUGGAAGGCAACACUAUGGCUGAUGAGUCCCUCAUCACAGGAGAAGCCAUGCCCGUCACUAAGAAGCCCGGGAGCACAGUCAUUGCAGGGUCCAUAAAUGCACAUGGCUCUGUGCUCAUUAAUGCCACCCAUGUGGGCAAUGAUACCACUUUGGCUCAGAUUGUGAAACUGGUGGAAGAGGCUCAGAUGUCAAAGGCACCUAUUCAGCAACUGGCUGACCGGUUUAGUGGAUAUUUUGUCCCAUUUAUCAUCAUCAUUUCAACUUUGACAUUGGUGGUAUGGAUUAUAAUCGGCUUUAUCGAUUUUGAUGUUGUUCGGAAAUACUUUCCUAUCCCUAACAAGCAUAUCUCCCAGGCAGAGGUGAUCAUCCGGUUUGCAUUCCAGACGUCCAUCACAGUACUGUGUAUUGCCUGCCCCUGCUCUCUGGGCUUGGCCACACCCACGGCAGUCAUGGUGGGCACUGGGGUGGCCGCCCAAAAUGGCAUCCUCAUCAAGGGAGGCAAGCCCCUGGAGAUGGCCCACAAGAUAAAGACGGUGAUGUUUGACAAAACUGGCACCAUUACCCAUGGGGUCCCCAGAGUCAUGCGGGUCCUCCUGCUUGUGGACAUGGCCACACUGCCCCUCAGGAAGGUGCUUGCUGUAGUGGGGACGGCUGAAGCUAGCAGUGAGCACCCCUUGGGUGUUGCAGUCACCAAAUACUGUAAAGAGGAACUCGGGACAGAGACUUUGGGAUACUGCACAGAUUUCCAGUCAGUGCCAGGCUGUGGAAUUGGCUGUAAAGUUAGCAGCGUGGAAGGCAUCCUGGCCCACAGCGAGCACCCGCUGGGCGAGCGGCCCACUCACCUGAACGGGGUUGGCAGUGUUCCUGCGGAAACAGAUGUGGCCCCCCAUACCUUCUCCGUGCUGAUUGGAAACCGCGAAUGGAUGAGGCGCAAUGGCUUAACCAUUUCUAGCGACAUCAGCGACACUAUGGCCGAUCACGAGAUGAAAGGCCAGACGGCCAUCCUGGUGGCUAUUGAUGGUGUGCUCUGUGCCAUGAUCGCCAUCUCAGAUGCUGUCAAACCGGAAGCUGCCCUGGCUGUGCACACGCUGAAGAGCAUGGGUGUGGAUGUGGUUCUUAUCACGGGGGACAACCGGAAGACAGCCAGAGCCAUUGCCACACAGGUUGGCAUCAACAAAGUCUUUGCAGAGGUGCUGCCUUCUCACAAGGUGGCCAAGGUCCAGGAACUGCAGAACGCAGGGAAGAAAGUCGCCAUGGUGGGAGACGGAGUCAACGACUCCCCGGCCUUAGCCCGGGCCGACGUGGGCAUUGCCAUCGGGACAGGCACAGAUGUCGCCAUCGAGGCAGCUGAUGUCGUCCUCAUCAGAAAUGAUCUGCUCGACGUGGUGGCGAGCAUUCACCUCUCCAAGAGGACCGUCUGGAGGAUCCGCCUCAACCUGGUCCUGGCGCUGAUCUACAACCUGGUGGGGAUACCCAUUGCGGCAGGUGUCUUCAUGCCCAUUGGUAUCGUGCUGCAGCCGUGGAUGGGCUCAGCGGCCAUGGCGGCCUCCUCUGUGUCUGUGGUCCUCUCAUCGCUGCAGCUCAAGUGCUACAGGAAGCCUGACCAGGAGAGGUAUGAGGCCCAGGCCCACGGCCGCAUGAAGCCCCUGACUGCAUCCCAGGUCAGCGUGCACAUUGGCAUGGAUGACCGGCGCCGGGACUCCCCUGGGGCCACGGCCUGGGACCAGGUCAGCUACAUCAGCCAGGUGUCACUGUCUUCCCUGAGGUCUGACAAACUGUCUCGGCACACCACCAUGGCUGAUGAUAGUGGGGACAAGUGGUCUCUGCUGCUGAAUGACAGGGAUGAGGAGCAGUGCAUCUGAAACCCCAGGCAGAUGCAGGCUUCUCCUAGCUGAGCAGCAGCCAGGCCCUCCCCAUGGAUGAUGUUCACGCCAUGCAAGUGCAAUCCCAGUGAGCAGCCUGAAGGUGGGCAGAGUCCCUCUUCAGCCAGGACUCCACUCCCUGGCUAUUCCCGGUCAUCCCUCUGCAGUGCCUGGCCUCAUCCAGAUGUGGCUCCUGGGUGAGACCUCCCUGCUCGGAUACCUUUUGGCACCAGCAUCAGACAUCCUGGCCCUCUUGUGCCAUUGGCAUGAGCUUGUUGGAAGCCUUGAUGGACUAUGGAAGAGGAGAGGAGUCAACCCUCCUCACAGACCUCUGCUUUAGUAUUAGGGGUGAUUACAUGUGAAAUGAAAAUCUCAUCGGGACCAAAAACUUCACUGGGCCUUUCUAUAGAACUCAUCAAAGAAACCUCAGUGUUGGGCUCAGUGUUGGGCUCUUUCUGAUGAUGCCCAUAUGCAUUACGUAUCUGAGACCACGGUUUACCUCAAGUGCACCUGUUGUUUUCUGCGGGCACAAUCUCUUCCUUUUGUGUCCGUGAUACUGGGGAUCCCUGUCGUCUUUGAGGGCAGGACUGAUGCCUCAUGUCCCUGCUGCUUUCUGAGGCCCUUCUCCCAGGGCGCUCGUGUGUGUGCUGCUGUCUGAAUCUGCUCACUCACACACCCAGCCACAGACCUUGCCACGCUGCUCUCCCAGUUGAUGAGUGUUCUUGCUUAUGUGCCACUUCUCCCUUCUCCGUGAGGCAUAGCUGCUUACUGCACAGAAUGGAGGGCUGCUGCUCCUUCACGCUGCCCACUUGGAGUGAGCAUCUCAGAACCUGAGACUUGAGAGUCCAGAAUCUGGCCUCCUGUGGGUCCAAGUGCUUGGGCCCAGGAGGCCUGUGGUGCUUGAAACAGGUGCCCCUUGGGGAAGGCGUGUGAUGCAGGAGCCUCCAUGUGGCUCUAGGAGCUUAGAUCACAUGGUCUGUUGUGUGACUGUCACCUUGUAGAGUCCAGUGGUGCCCCUUGUAUGGUGCCACUCCAGGGGGACAAUGGUACCCGAAUCACAGGCCCCUCUGGGAACCUCCACAUCUUCAUACUGAGCUGGCGUCUUAGAAGAGGAGCAGCCACAGUGUCCUAAAGGAAAGUCUAUUUCUAAUUUUCAUUGUGAUUGGCAUUGGAGGGGCUGGACUGGGCCAGUUUUAGACUCGGAAAUCAGUAGUAAUUGACAGACCACAGUGAGUAGACUAUAGAAUCUGAAUAAAUUCUUGGGUAAAGUCACACAUACAAAAUAAUCUUAGUUAUCUAUUAUCAGUUAUUUUCCAGGGACAUUGUCAGCACUUUCUGUAAGUUGCCACUACUCCUCCCAGCAAACCAGCAAAGUAGACAUUACUGUCCUUGUUCAGCAGGCAGUGACACAGGCUCGGGUCCUGCCUAGGUCACACAGCCACUGCGCAUGCCAGAACAAGGCUCAGAAUCUAUGGCUGUGGGCUUUGUAGUCUUUUCUCUAUCUCUGCUGCCACCUCGAAUAGCAGUUUGCUUGAUAAGAAAAAACAAGAGAAAGACCCCUGCUCCUAGAAGGACACAUCUGCCAGGACAGAGUCAUCCAAGUUUCACUGACAGUGAAACUUGACCAGCCAGUCAUCUCACCUUCCCCCUAGCUGAUUUGUUUCCAUUUUUGCAUAUAGUUUAGUUUUUGCUGGGUCUUACUCAUCUGGUAAAACUCAAGUGCAGGGGUUUGUGUGUUAUUGCUUUCAAUCUCCUUUUCCCUCUCCUGCCCUUUCUGCUCCCUGUCCUGUUGUCUGCUCUUUAUUCUCAGAUGUCUCGGGAAUGUUCCUUGUUUUCUAACGAGGCUAAUCAUUGUCUAAAGAAUCUAAUUGUAUUGAUUUUUCAAGAAGCUUUUAGGACCAUAAGCAUGUUUAUGUGAAUAUGAAAAUAUUUAUAUAAUUGUACAGAAAAUAACCUGUUAGAUGUUCAAAGUGUAAGAAAUCUAUUUUGGUCAGAUAAGAGUAAUUCUUACUUCAAGAACGUUCCAUACUCUAUUAGAAUAAAGUUUCUU